CCAGCAUUACAGAGUACCAGUAUGGAGGUAACUAUCUUACAUUCAGACGCCGUCUACUACCGUCAAUAGCGCAGUUGAAAGCAUGCACUCGAGAUGACAUAGCUCGCUUAACAUUGGGCUAUCCUGCUACGGGACAGAGCUUGGGAGCAGUUGGCCAAUGUCCAACCCCAGGCUCAGCUUCAGGAUUCAAGCCGUCGACUGGCGAAGAGGUUGCAACUAGAACGACAUCACGAUGCAACUCCCCUCCGUGUGCCGCAAAUUCAUUGUCACCGGUAUAUCAGAGCAUCACGAUUUAUCUCAAAAGUUCCCCUAUCUCCUCCCUUUUCUCUUUUCCGAGCCUGGUCACCGUGAGGCCCCCCGCACUUAGACUGAGGUUCUUGGACGGCACAGCAGAAACCUAGCAAGAUAGCAAGACUACAACAUCUAGAGUAUGUAUCGGUCAACUCCGUGUCUAUCUGGAUCUCCCUGCCGGAAGGAUCAGGUGCUGUAACCCUCCAUCUCAUCAAAGAUGGUGGCUAGGAGCGUGGAGGUCACACACUACCUUACAUAAACUGAAACUCUGCUAGGUAUACGUAUGGACAAGGCCAUCUGGAAGGCUGAUACAUAGGUAAUGUCUUCACGAGGCUCGAGCGUUGGAGACCCUUGACAUGUAUGCCCCUGGCGUUUCAACACCUUUCAGCUUUGGUGCGUCCAUUUCCUAUUCUGACCCGGGGAAAUCCUUCCGUCUGCAGGACACAACCAACUGCAUAUAAACCAUGAUCACACCAUGGCUUCGCAACAUAGCAAGUCGAACCAACGAUAUGAUUCUCGAGGCUGAGUAUCUUGACCCUGGUACUCAGUUUCAACCCCCUUGCAAGCAGAGCUCCCAGCCACUCAUCUUCCCAUACUUAAUAGACCAUCCGUAGGCAUACCAAUGCAUUCUCGGGAACCCGAUUUGAGUGUCACAUCCACUCGAAUUAAAAUGGCCACUCUUUCUGAGCAACCCGUGUUCAAAGAGCUGAGCACUCUUCUUGUCAAACUUUCUGUCUCUGAUGAUGAUCCGAACUAUCCUAACUUUAAAAAAUGCCAGGCUGCCAAUUGCAAUACUGGCACUAAGCUAAAGGAACCAGGAGCCAAGGAGAUAUGGGAUGAAUUGAUGAAAAAGGAAACACUGUCGAACGAGGUCGAGUUCUAUUCAAAGGUUAAAAAGUUUCUCCCGUCGGUUCACUGCAAGAGGCAUAAUGAGGGUAAUUUCCUUGAAGAUUGCUUUGGCAACUGGGAAAGGUCCCGAACUGAGAAGUCAGGUUACGCUUCAUCUGAAGUGUCACUACCUAGUACACCGACUCAGAAUCAAGUCUUCGAAUCGCCUACUGUUGAAUACGGUACACCUCUCUCAAGUCCUCUUGUCGAAGAUGGCACACCAACAACCUCAGAAAAAAGUCCGGCUUCCAGCUUUGACAGUUUCAUCCUGAGCACCCCCAGCAGGCUGAAUCAUCACAGCCCUCUCCCUUCGAUUGAAGAUAUGUCAACAUCUAACGAGAGCCCGAGAUAUAAUCCCCCAUUGGCACUCGGCAUUAAUUCGAUUUCUGGCAGGUCUAUUGAUGUUGGCCAGCAAGAUAACAAGGUGGACGACAUAUCACCCAAAGAACCUCCAAAGUCGCUCCCUAUUCAUUCCAGGCAAGAUGUUGCUGCGGAACAACCCGAUAUGGUGGAAUCCAUCGUGGACGAUACAUUUAUACUGGAGAAUGACUCAGAUGAUGAGCCACGACUUGCCCACCCGCAGUUUAGUGAACUUGGGUUAAAGAGGAACGGAACCUUGAGCGAUAAAGCCGCCAUCAUCAUGGAACUAAGGAAGCCUCUCACGCAUGCACAGGCAGGAAAGGGCAAGAUGUAUGUCCUGAAGCACAAGGAAGAAAAGGAUCUGUUCAAGAUUGGAUGGACCGCUACUACUGUCAACACAAGUUUAUCAAGGCCCAACAACUGCUAUGGCGCAUCAUGCGAGACUAUGCCCAUCUAUGAGUCUCCUCAUUUAUUCAACGGUGCUCCCAAAGCCCAUAGACUGGUGCACUUGUUUCUCAGGGGCAUCAAUGUACGGGUCAAAAAGUGUAGAAAGUGCGGCAAAGGGCACAAAGAUUGGUUCGAAGGAAGUGAAGAGGCUAUCGUGAACACAGUCAAAGUCAUGGAGGGCUUUUUACUCGGGCCUGCUUACGAGUUGAAGGAGAAGGGAGAGCUAACCAACGAAGGGAAAGCCAGGGUGAAGAACAUGUGCAAUGUCACCCUCGAGUCAUUCCAAAGGAAUCAAGAGUAUUGUGGAGUCCCAGGCCAUAUCACGGACGCCGAAUCUUGGACGUUUCCACAUACUGUGGUACCUGAAGCUGCUGUUAAUGUACAAUCACGACAGGCUUUAGUUAACGAGUCGUCAAGCCAGCCAGAAGCACUCGCCGCAUCCGCAGAUGCUUCUAAGGGACUGGAACCACCCUCGGAGGCGAACAAAGGUGGACUCCGCAACAAAUUCAAAGAACUUUAUGGUACCGUGAAGGACAAACUCUCCAAGUUUUCAGCCGCUGAUGAUGAAUUUCCCUUUGCACUUCUCGGCGCCCUCGACCAAGAUAGUGACAACACUGAGAAACCUCGCGGAUGGAGUUCUUUGGGGGUCUCGUGGGUCAGAUUCACGGCGACCUUCAGGGGGUCGGUCGAACCAGAUGCUAAGAAAGCGAGUUGAUGAUUGGGUAUGUAUGCCUGAAUAGGUGAGGUGAGUAUCUGUAUUAUAGGUUAGUUCUGUCUAAGUAGCUUGCUUGUUUGUUUUUGUGUAUUAAAUUGCUAUAUCGCUUGUCUGAUCACUCU